UCCGCCGGACGCACAGGUGGCGCUGUAACGCGGCUGCUGGAGCUGACACACUAGUCCGGGAAACGAUUAUUCACGAGGCGCCAUAACCGGUAAAAAUGCCAUCCAUCGAAUACGACGACUCAAAGCCCAGCUGGGCCGAUCAGGUGGAAGAGGAAGGAGAUGAAGGUUCACUCCCUUCACCUAAAGAGACUGUCAAAGGCAACAUUAAGACCGUCACUGAAUACAAGAUUGAUGAAGAUGGCAAGAAGUACAAAAUUAUCAGAACUUUCAAGAUUGAGACACGCAAGGCCUCCAAAGCUGUUGCCAGGAGAAAGAACUGGAAGAAAUUUGGCAACUCCGAAUUAGACCAACCAGGUCCUAAUGUUGCCACGACUACAGUGAGUGAUGAUGUCUUCAUGACCUUCAUCUCUAACAAAGAGGACUUGAAUGCUCAAGACCAGGAUGAGGAUCCCAUGAACAAGCUGAAAGGACAGAAGAUCGUGUCCUGUCGUAUCUGUAAAGGGGAUCACUGGACCACCCGCUGUCCGUACAAGGACACGCUUGGUCCUAUGCAGAAGGAACUGGCAGAGCAGUUGGGCUUGUCCACAGGAGAGAAAGACAAAACAGCAGAGCCUGAGCCCGCUCAGCCCGUCCAGAGCAAGACCGGGAAGUACGUUCCCCCCAGCCUGCGGGACGGAGGCACGCGGAGAGGAGAGUCCAUGCAGCCUAACCGCAGAGCUGAUGAUAAUGCUACAAUCCGUGUGACCAACCUGUCCGAGGACACCAGGGAAACAGAUCUGCAGGAGCUUUUCAGGCCUUUUGGUUCCAUCUCUAGGAUCUAUCUGGCUAAGGAUAAGAACACAGGCCAGUCUAAGGGCUUUGCUUUCAUCAGCUUCCACCGACGUGAGGACGCCGCAAGAGCCAUCGCCGGUGUGUCCGGCUUCGGAUACGAUCAUCUUAUUCUCAACGUUGAAUGGGCCAAACCCUCCAACAACUGAAGAGUUCAAUAAAUAUUCCAGGAGGUCUUCAAGUGUUCUCCUAAUUGUAUAAGAAAGUGAUGCAAAUAAAUGCAAAUUAUAAAAAAUUAA